GGCCCCAUGGUUCUGAAUGUGCUUCAGUGUCACAAUGCCUCCUGCUAUGGCAGACGUCCUUGACAUCUGGGCAGUGGACUCUCAGAUCGCGUGCGAUGGCUCCAUACCCGUGGACUUCCUUUUGCCCACUGGGAUUUAUAUCCAGCUGGAGGUGCCUCGGGAGGCCACCAUUGCUUACAUUAAACAGAUGUUAUGGAAGCAAGUUCACAAUUACCCAAUGUUCAACCUCCUCAUGGAAAUCGACUCCUACAUGUUUGCAUGUGUGAAUCAAACGGCAGUGUAUGAGGAACUCGAAGACGAGACACGGAGGCUGUGUGACGUCAGACCUUUCCUUCCGGUUCUCAAGUUAGUGACGAGAAGUUGUGACCCGGGGGAGAAAUUAGACUCAAAAAUCGGCGUCCUUAUAGGAAAAGGUCUUCAUGAAUUUGAUGCCUUGAAGGAUCCUGAAGUGAAUGAAUUUCGAAGAAAGAUGCGCCAGUUCAGUGAGGAAAAGAUCCAGUCACUUGUGGGAUUGUCUUGGAUGGACUGGCUAAAACACACAUACCCACCAGAGCAUGAGCCUUCCAUCCUCGAAAACUUGGAAGAUAAGCUCUAUGGAGGAAAGCUCAUUGUUGCUGUUCAUUUUGAGAACUCUCAGGAUGUGUUUAGCUUUCAGGUGUCUCCUAAUAUGAAUCCCCUAAAAAUCAAUGAGUUGGCGAUCCAGAAACGCCUGACUAUUCAUGGGAAGGAGGAGGACGCCAGCCCCUGCGAUUACGUGCUGCAAGUCAGCGGGAGGGUGGAGUACGUCUUUGGCGAUCACCCUCUCAUUCAGUUCCAGUACAUCCGGACCUGCGUGAUAAACAGGACCCUGCCCCAUUUUAUUCUCGUGGAAUGCUGCAAGAUCAAGAAAAUGUACGAACAGGAAAUGAUUGCCAUAGAGGCUGCCAUAAACAGAAAUGCAUCAAACCUUCCUCUCCCAUUGCCACCAAAGAAAACACGAGUUAUUUCUCACAUUUGGGAAAAUAACAACCCUUUCCAAGUUGUCUUGGUUAAGGGAAAUAAACUUAACACAGAAGAAGCUGUAAAAGUUCAUGUCAGGGCUGGUCUUUUUCAUGGUACCGAGCUCCUGUGUAAAACCAUCGUAAGCUCAGAGAUAUCAGGGAAAAAUGAUCACAUUUGGAACGAACCACUGGAAUUUGAUAUUAACACAUGUGACUUACCCAGAAUGGCUCGGUUAUGUCUUGCUGUUUAUGCAGUUUUGGAUAAAGUAAAAACGAAGAAAUCAACGAAAACUAUUAAUCCCUCUAAAUAUCAGACCAUCAGAAAAGCUGGAAAAGUGCAGCAUUACCCCGUGGCCUGGGUAAAUACGAUGGUCUUUGACUUUAAAGGACAGUUGAGAUCCGGAGACAUCAUAUUGCACAGCUGGUCUUCAUUUCCAGAUGAACUCGAGGAAAUGUUGAACCCCAUGGGGACCGUUCAGACAAACCCGUACACUGAGAAUGCCACGGCUCUGCACGUGAAGUUUCCAGAGAGUAAGAAGCAGCCUUAUUGCUACCCUCCCUUCGACAAGAUUAUUGAAAAGGCAGCUGAGAUUGCAAGCAGUGACAGUGCCAACGUGUCGAGUCGUGGUGGCAAAAAGUUCCUUGCCGUACUGAAAGAAAUCUUGGACAGGGACCCCUUGUCUCAACUGUGUGAGAAUGAAAUGGAUCUCAUUUGGACUUUGCGACAAGACUGCCGAGAGAAUUUCCCACAGUCGCUGCCAAAAUUACUGCUGUCCAUCAAGUGGAAUAAACUUGAAGAUGUUGCCCAGCUCCAGGCGCUGCUUCAGAUCUGGCCUAAGCUGCCUCCCCGGGAAGCCCUGGAGCUCCUGGAUUUCAACUAUCCAGACCAGUACGUGCGGGAGUAUGCCGUGGACUGCCUGCGACAGAUGAGCGACGAGGAACUUGCUCAGUAUCUUUUGCAACUGGUGCAAGUUUUGAAAUACGAGCCCUUUCUUGAUUGUGCACUCUCCAGAUUCCUGCUAGAAAGAGCCCUUGCCAAUCGCAGGAUCGGGCAGUUUCUGUUUUGGCAUCUGAGGUCAGAAGUGCACAUCCCUGCUGUGUCAGUUCAGUUUGGGGUCAUCCUCGAAGCCUACUGCCGGGGGAGCGUGGGGCACAUGAAGGUGCUUUCCAAGCAGGUUGAAGCACUCAAUAAGUUAAAAACUUUAAACAGUUUGAUCAAACUGAAUGCAGUGAAGCUAAACAGAGCCAAGGGGAAGGAGGCCAUGCACACGUGUCUGAAGCAGAGUGCCUACCGCGAAGCCCUCUCCGACCUGCAGUCGCCGCUGAACCCCUGUGUCAUCCUCUCGGAACUCUAUGUUGAAAAGUGCAAAUACAUGGAUUCAAAGAUGAAGCCUUUGUGGCUGGUGUACACCAAUAAGGUGUUUGGGGAGGAUUCGGUGGGAGUGAUUUUUAAAAAUGGCGAUGACUUACGGCAGGACAUGUUGACACUGCAGAUGCUGCGCUUGAUGGAUUUACUCUGGAAAGAAGCUGGUUUGGACCUUCGGAUGUUGCCUUACGGCUGUUUAGCCACAGGCGACCGCUCCGGCCUCAUUGAAGUUGUGAGCACCUCGGAAACAAUUGCUGACAUUCAGCUGAACAGUAGCAACGUGGCUGCAGCCGCAGCCUUCAACAAAGACGCACUUCUGAACUGGCUUAAAGAAUACAAUUCUGGGGAUGACCUGGACCGAGCCAUUGAGGAGUUCACCCUGUCCUGUGCCGGCUACUGUGUAGCUUCUUAUGUCCUUGGGAUUGGUGACAGACAUAGUGACAACAUCAUGGUCAAGAAAACUGGCCAGCUCUUCCACAUCGACUUUGGGCAUAUUCUUGGAAAUUUCAAGUCUAAAUUUGGCAUCAAAAGGGAGCGAGUGCCUUUUAUCCUUACCUAUGAUUUCAUCCAUGUCAUCCAACAAGGAAAAACCGGAAACACAGAGAAGUUUGGCCGGUUCCGCCAGUGCUGCGAGGAUGCGUAUCUGGUCUUACGGAGGCACGGGAACCUCUUCAUCACCCUUUUUGCACUGAUGCUGACUGCAGGGCUUCCCGAGCUCACGUCCGUCAAGGAUAUUCAGUAUCUGAAGGACUCUCUCGCCCUCGGGAAGAGCGAAGAGGAAGCACUCAAGCAGUUCAAGCAGAAAUUUGACGAGGCGCUCAGGGAGAGCUGGACCACGAAGGUGAACUGGAUGGCGCACACGGUCCGGAAGGACUACAGGUCCUAGCGACCGGCCUCGGCGCGGACGCACUCGUCGGUCUCGCUUCGUUUUCGUUUUGCACUUGCACUAAGUUGAACACGACCCCGUCGCAGAUGUAAUAAAGGGAAUGAGACCCGGAACUCAGAGUUCCGCGAGAGCGAGGCAUCCAUAGGACCCCACCGGCACCACCCCUGGCGGCCGUUCUGCCUGUUGCUGCUUCCGAGACUCAGCGUGGAGACUGUCGACGUUACGGAUAAUCAUCUCCUGCUGACUUUGCACGCCAAGGAAUGCUACUAGGGACCGUCUUCUGUUUCUGUUUGUUUUUUAGUGGUUGGUACCUGCUCAGAAGGUGUAAAUACUUCCUUUCCGUGUUGUGACCAAGCAUUAUCACUCAGCCAACAACUUAUCCACACCCAGGGCUGGUGGCUUUUCUUACAUUCUGUGAGGCUGAAGAGAAGAGUCUCCUUCUUCCCUUUUAAAAUUGUGUAAACUACAAAUUAUAAUAUAAUUUGAAUCUAUGAUUAUUUUUUAAAAGAAUCUUUUAAACCUGUGGAAACUCAUUAACUCUUCUGUCACUAUUUAUCUCCAUGAUGGCAUCGUUCCAGCCAGACUUGCUGAAAAGCUCCUGGUGGGCAAAUAUAAUAUAUAUGAAUAUGCUGCAUCUAUAUUUAUAAGGUUUCUAGUGGGAGUUCUAUAUAUGAAGGUGUUUCUUUGCUGUUCUUCAGCCUGUUUUAAAGUUUUACGAAAAGCAGAGCUUUUUCCCGAGUUACCUUUCGGUUCAUAACUGUGUGAUCCAGUUCUUCCAGCUGCUUUGUCGCGAGGCACGCACUAAUCCCGUUCUCACAUGGUGUCUGUGGGAGAGUCCACCUCUUAGAGAAUCAUACUUGAGCAAACAUAUCCAAGAGAGCAAGCGGAUGGAAAGGAACCUAUUUAUGGAAUCAACUCCAGACCUGAAAUCCAGUAUUUUAGUAAGAUGCCAGCUGUUCUUACUGUAUUUAUUAAACUUGUAAUAAUGUGAUUUUUUUCAAGGAUAUUCGUUCAGGUUGCAAAGGCUUCAUGCCACACGGACACCUUUAAGUUAUUCGUCGAGGUACUGUGCGUUGAGGGUGCUGGGGGCGGAUGACGUGUGCAAUAGGGCUGCUGGUUGGACGUGUGAGCGGACGCUCUGCUGAGGACAGGCAGGAGCCCACAAGACUACUGCUGAUUCUCCAAAGACUGUCAGGAGCUCUUUGUCCUCAGUGGCGUGCGAAAGGGAGCUGAGGGUUCGCCCUGUGACUGAGCUGUCUAUAGGAGUUUUAUUAAAGACGGUCUAAUCUUGUUGUCUUCUCAAUGUUCUCAGUCAAAUAAAUGGGUGAGCUGAUUUUGGCUGUUCCUA